GUCUUGUGAAGACCAGUUUGGCCGCUUCCUCCAGCUCUCACUCUGAUUACAGCUGCUUGAAGGAACUGGAGACGACGAGAGGGGGAAACGGAGGACUUUGGUAUCUGAAAGCAUUCUGUGGGAAAGAUGGCUGCCAUCAGGAAGAAGUUGGUGAUAGUUGGAGAUGGUGCAUGUGGGAAGACUUGUCUGCUCAUUGUCUUCAGUAAAGACCAGUUCCCAGAGGUCUACGUCCCCACCGUGUUUGAAAACUACAUCGCAGACAUUGAAGUUGACUGCAAACAGGUUGAGUUAGCAUUGUGGGAUACAGCAGGCCAAGAAGACUACGACAGGCUGAGGCCUCUCUCGUACCCUGACACAGACGUCAUCCUCAUGUGUUUCUCCAUAGAUAGCCCAGACAGUUUAGAGAACAUUCCCGAGAAAUGGACGCCAGAGGUGAAACAUUUUUGUCCCAACGUCCCGAUCAUUCUCGUGGGUAACAAGAAGGACCUGAGAAAUGAUGAACACACACGCAGGGAGCUAGCCAAGAUGAAACAGGAGCCGGUAAAAUCUGAUGAGGGCAGAGACAUGGCCCACCGCAUCAGUGCCUUUGGCUACCUGGAGUGCUCAGCCAAGACCAAGGACGGCGUACGAGAGGUGUUUGAGAUGGCCACUAGAGCAGCUCUGCAAGUUCGCAAACGCAAGAAGAGAAAUGGCUGCCAGCUACUGUGAGGGGGGCGGAGUUUGUGAGCCAAUCAGCACCUGAGGGUGGACCACCCUUAAACACACAGAGCAAACUUAGAGAAACCUAAAAAUCAAUGGCUUCCGAGGACUUUACUUAACUUCACAGAUGCAGAUACGCCACAGGAGAAAAUGAGAAACUGACACACCUGUUUAAAAUCAAACCUUCUUUUUAAAAACCUAUUUCUUCUGCUAUUCACACUGUUUAGUUUCUGUUAGAUUACUGUUUUCCCCUGUACCAGCACACCAGCCUGUAUGUGUGAAGGACCUGUCCCUUCCUCCUAUAUGAAUGUAUGUUUGUAUUUAUAUGUGCAUAUACUUUACAAAUAUAUCAUGCAUCUGCCUCUUUGUUA